CCGUGUGUGAAAAUGUAAAUAUUCACCUGUCUAAAGGUCAUGCAGUGAUCACAGAGUAAAUAGACGGAUUUAAAGUCACCCGGCUGCUGAACCGUGAACCGAGCAGGAAAAAAAAAACAUUCUCACAUGUGAUCGUGACACAAAGAGUCCAGAUGUCUGAGUCGUCGAUCUGGUGUUUGGUGAUUCUUUUAUUCACUACGUACACAAUCGGCCUUCAGUCAGCAGUGUUUCUGAAUCACAGGGAUGCUACACGGAUCCUGAGGCACCGCCGAGCCAACUACUUUCUGGAGGAAGUGAAGCCUGGAGAUUUGGAGCGCGAGUGUUACGAGGAGAUUUGCUCGAGAGAGGAAGCUGCAGAAAUCUUUCAGAGCACAGAGAAAACAACAGAGUUUUGGUAUCGAUACCAACGUCAGAGUAAGUGUCAUGAAAACGUGUGUUUUAACGGAGGGGUUUGCAGUGUAAACGAAGGACUUCACACGUGUGUGUGUCCACCACGUUACACGGGGACACACUGUGAGACAGAGCUGUUUGAGUGCGAGUACAAGAACGGAGGGUGUUUACACUACUGCAAGGACGCACAACCGGUGGGCUCCAGCGUCACCUGCAGCUGUGCUGAUGGAUAUAACCUCGAGGAGGACGGAAAAACCUGCCAAGUGUCGGCACGAUACCCAUGUGGAAAACAAUGGACUCAGGGCUUUCUACUGCGCUCCUUACUGGAUGAUCUAAACCACACCCACACAGCAGAAAACCACACCCACUACCCCAAAAACAACAGUCAGUACACAUCAAACCACACCCACUCUCCAGAGAGCACCACCCAGGCGCUGUACAACGUAUCCACAUCCGAUGACUCGGAUAAACGUAUCGUCGGUGGCAUGCUGCAGCGUCAGGGUGGAAGUCCGUGGCAGGCUCUGCUACGCAAUAAAGAUGAGAAUGGUUUCUGUGGAGGAACGUUGAUCAACCAGAGGUGGGUCGUUACAGCGGCUCAUUGUCUCCAGGAAACACCUGACCAUGUGACCCUCGGAGACUUUGAUAAAUUCCGUCCCGAUGCGGGAGAGCAGAAGAUCAAGGUGGAGAAGGUUGUUGUUCAUCCUCAUUUCCACGAGUACACGUUUGACAGCGACGUGGCUUUGCUGUACCUGGCCGAGCCCGUCGUGUUCAGUUCAGUCGUCUCCCCCGUCUGCCUUCCCAACACUCACCUGGCCAAACGUCUGGAGCGACCCGGGGAGAACGGCCUAGUGAGCGGCUGGGGUGCGACUCAUUUCCUCGGCCGCUCUUCUCGUUUCCUCAUGAAAGUGUCGCUUCCUGUAGUGGACCAGAAGGAGUGCAUGGAUUCCACGGAUCAGGUGAUCACCGAUAACAUGUUCUGCGCCGGGUUUCUGCGUGCGGAGAAAGACGCGUGUAGCGGUGACAGCGGUGGACCGUUCGUGGUGAACUACAGGGGGACGUGGUUCCUGACUGGAGUGGUGAGCUGGGGUGAGCAGUGUGCUGCAGACGGGAAAUACGGCGUGUACACGAGAAUCAGAAACUUCCUGCACUGGAUAGAAGACGAGAUGAAGAAACUGGAAGAGACAAUCAGCAAGAACGCCAAACAAUCCAACACCUCUUCGACCCUGCACUCUGAUUCAUAACCUAACCCUAAUCUCGGAUGUCUUUAAUAAACACGUCGGAGCUUUUUUCUGCUUCGUGCAAACAAUAUGUGGUAAAAAUAUUAUAUUAUAAUAAAAUAGGAGCCUAAACGUG